UCACUUCCGCUAGGAAACCAACAUGGCGGCCUACCGUAGGAAACGUGGCUCGGCUCCUGAGACCGGCAUAAAUAAUAAAAAACCGAAACUUCAGUCAAAAGAGAGCAGCCAGGAGCGAGCGCCCGAGGAGUUUGCUAUCCCGCCGCCCGUGUCUGAGGGGAAAUGGAAAAACAAGGAAAGGGUGCUUAUCUUUUCUUCCCGCGGCAUCAAUUUUCGCACCAGACAUUUGAUGCAAGACUUGAGGACGUUAAUGCCGCAUGCUAAAGCAGAUACCAAAAUGGAUCGUAAAGACAAGCUGUUUGUUAUAAAUGAGGUCUGUGAAAUGAAAAACUGCAACAAAUGCAUCUAUUUCGAGGCCAAAAAGAAGCAGGAUCUGUAUAUGUGGUUAUCUAAUUCUCCCCAAGGACCGUCUGCAAAGUUUCUUGUCCAGAACAUUCACACGCUGGCAGAGCUGAAGAUGACUGGAAACUGUCUGAAGGGGUCCCGUCCCGUUCUGUCGUUCGACCCGGUGUUUGAUCAGAACGCGCACUAUAGUUUGCUGAAAGAACUCUUUAUACAGAUUUUUGGAACCCCAAGAUAUCACCCGAAGAGCCAGCCUUUCGUUGAUCACGUGUUCAGCUUCUCCAUAGCAGACAACAGGAUUUGGUUUAGAAAUUAUCAGAUUGUAGAAGAAGACGCCUCCCUCGUGGAAAUUGGACCUCGGUUUGUCCUAAAUCUCAUAAAGAUAUUCCAGGGAAGCUUUGGUGGGCCAACGCUAUACGAGAACCCUCAUUAUCAGUCUCCUAACAUGCAUCGACGCAUUAUCCGUCUGGCUACGGCUGCCAAGGUCCGAGAGAAGCAGCAAAUGAAGGCUUUGCAGAAGUCCAGAAAGGAAGAAGACCGAGCGGUUUUACCGACGGACCCCACAGAGGAAGUCUUUCGCACCCCGGCCGAGGAGAAGCCUCAGAUACUAGAGGAGCAGCAACCGCUGCCAAAACCGAGCGUUAAGAGGAAAGACAAGAAAUUCAAACGUCAGAGAUUGGCCAAGAAACGCGCAUGAACUCUGAGAGGGGGAUGAUUUAUUUAGUGCAAGACCACCCGACCCUGAACCUUCCCUCAAACCUGUAAAUUGAUGGUUUAACAACUGCUGGAGGGCUCUCCGCUCAGCCUUGCUUUAGAUAUUUCAUUAUACGGAAAGCGUCUUUUAUAUAAUAAACCAAAUGUCUAAAA